UUGUGGUAAUACAGUAGAACUUGUCAAUUCAAAAAUGAGAGCAGCUAAAAAUUUAUAAUUUUUUAUCUGUUCUGUUAGCUGUUGGUAUUGGUAACUUAGUUGUAAAAUUGUUUCCUUUAAUUUUAUUGUUAAUUUAUGUUCUAAAGCAGUAGCAGUAAAUAUAAAUUAAAUAGAAGUAAAACAAUUAUAAAACCUACUGUUAGCUCGUGAUUAGAAAUACUAAUAAAAUGAAUCCUUGUUCAGUGGCAGCUCCUCAACAAGAUACUGAUGGUGAUGGCAGAUGGAAUAGCAUUCAUAACAGAUUUCUUUCGGACGCCAAAGGGAAAGAUGGAGAUGUUAUUUUCAUCGGUGAUUCCAUUUUACAAGCAUUAGAACAUACUGAAGUUUGGAACCAAUGGUUUGCACCACUUCACUGCCUUAACUUUAGUAUUCACAAAGAUCAAACACAAAAUGUCUUGUGGCGUAUUAAGAAUGGAGAACUUGAUCAUGUUGACCCAAGAGUUAUAGUUUUGCAUGUGGGAACAAACAAUAUUGAUCAUACCCCUGAACAAAUCUGUGAAGGUAUUUUAGAAAUAGUACAUACAAUUAGAGAGAAACACCCGAGUGUUUACAUUGUGCUACCGAGUCUUCUUCCAAGAGGUCAACAUCCUAAUGUAUUGAGAGAGAAAAAUAAUAAAAUCAAUCAACUUUUACGUGAAAAAGUUGCUCAUUUGAAUAAAGUAGAAAUGGUAUCAAUAGAUAAAGGUUUUAUACAAAGCGAUGGAACUAUUAGCCACCAUGAUAUGCACGACUACCUCAUACCAACUAAUGCAGCUUGUCGGAAGGCAUUUGAACCAGUAUAUGAUCUCUUACAACAAAUAUUGUCCGAAGGCGAACCAGAAAAAGACUUGACACCCUCUGAAUAAAAAUUUACAUAUAAAGACACUAAGUAAUAGCUUUUUAUCAUGCAGCAAGCUUAUUGUGAUUAAAUAGUAGUACUUAAAUUUAGCUUUUUAUAUUAGACAUAAGUGUCAAAUGUUUUAUAUUAAUUUAUUGUUUUCCUAUUUUUACUUUUACAUUCCAAAUUAAUGAAUAUUUUAUUGGCUGUGUUAAUUAUUAUUAGACCCAUAGAAUUACAUGAUGCACUAAGAAUAAAAUGAUUAGCAUAAAACACUGGAACACUUGCAUGAUAUACUUACUGGACAUAUUAUUAGUAGACAAUUUUACCAUUUUAAUUUUAGUCUUUAUGAAGAUGUAAAAUAGUCUGUAAAAUUAUUUUGAAUUUUCUUCUUAAAUUCAUUAAAUUAGUAAUUUCUUCUUUAACCCUAUAUGCAUUUAAAGGGACAUUAAGGGGAGGUAUUUUUAUUUAAAUUAAUAAAACUGAAUAAUGGUUGUAAUGUUGAACUGUCUUAACUACUGAGAUGUUAUUAUUGUACUUAAUUUUAUUUUAUUGAAAUUUGCUAUCGUGAUUUUAUCUAGUGAAUUUGUAUUAAUUCAACAUUUUAUAUCAUCUUAAUUUUGUUUUCAAAAAUAUAAUUAUGUAGUAUUUUAAAUUUUUUAAAAAGUAUGAAUUAGUGUCUCAGAGCCCUUGCAAGGUGAUUCAAAAUAAACAUUGUCUUUUGUUGUGCCAACUCUUUCAGGCGAAAGUUAAAUACUGCUGCAGGUUUCUUUUUAAAACUGUCAAUUUGAUGAAGACGAAAAGAUAAGGAACAAAAAUGUUUCUUGUUUCCAGCCAGGGUAACCGUUUGAUUAUUUAGUGUUUUAAACUCUACUAUGUAUUUCAUGAUGGAAUUGAUUGUAACCAAAGAUUUAUUUUCAGUCUCAACCAAAGCAUACAUUAUAAAUGUAAACGUUAUUUUAAACACAUAAAAGUUAUGUCAGGCUCAACUGAACAAAGACAUUUAACAAUGUUAUAAUGUGAUGAUUAUUAUGUUUCGAUAAAUGAAAGGACAUUAAGUAAUUAAUUAUAUCUUACCAUUGUAUAAAUAAAUAUAACUUUUUUAUGGAUUUCUAAUAUAUAAAAGGUAUUUAUGGUACAUAUAUCUACUCAAGUUGCCAAACUGCUUGAAUCUCAAAUGUGAUUAUUUAUUUGCAUGAAUGAAAAUGCUUAGAAGUAAAAGUGCAAUUUUUUCUAA